CCCGCUGCUUCCCAAAACCCACUGAGCCUGACGCGCGCUCCUCCGCUGUGCCAGGGGCGCCUGGAAGCCCGACGACGACGGUGUCGUAAAAGCGUCGCGAAGGCGUCCGCCCUUGGCGGCUUCCUGCCACCUGUAUAAGUGGAGCGUGCUGGGGUGUGUAAAGUAGUAUGGAGGCAGCGGUGGCCCAGUGUUUGAGUGGUUGCUGGGUCUCCAUGGAGAAGCGGCUCGCCAGUGUCCCAGGCUGCUGAGCUCUCGCCGCCCGAGUCCCCGCGGCGCGGCCGCAGGGCCAUGCUAGCCUUGCGCGUGGCGCGCGGCUCGUGGGGGGCCCUGCGCGGCGCCGCUUGGGCUCCGGGAACGCGGCCGAGUAAGCGGCGCGCUUGCUGGGCCCUGCUGCCGCCCGUGCCAUGCUGCUUGGGCUGCCUGGCCGAACGCUGGAGGCUGCGUCCGGCCGCUCUUGGCUUGCGGCUGCCCGGGAUCGGCCAGCGGAACCACUGCUCGGGCGCGGGGAAGGCGGCCCCCAGGCCAGCGGCCGGAGCGGGCGCCGCUGCCGAAGCCCCGGGCGGCCAGUGGGGCCCGGCGAGCACCCCCAGCCUGUAUGAAAACCCAUGGACAAUCCCGAAUAUGUUGUCAAUGACGAGAAUUGGCUUGGCCCCAGUUCUGGGCUAUUUGAUUAUUGAAGAAGAUUUUAAUAUUGCACUAGGAGUUUUUGCUUUAGCUGGACUAACAGAUUUGUUGGAUGGAUUUAUUGCUCGAAACUGGGCCAAUCAAAGAUCAGCUUUGGGAAGUGCUCUUGAUCCACUUGCUGAUAAAAUACUUAUCAGUAUCUUAUAUGUUAGCUUGACCUAUGCAGAUCUUAUUCCAGUUCCACUUACUUACAUGAUCAUUUCGAGAGAUGUAAUGUUGAUUGCUGCUGUUUUUUAUGUCAGAUACCGAACUCUUCCAACACCACGAACACUUGCCAAGUAUUUCAAUCCUUGCUAUGCCACUGCUAGGUUAAAACCAACAUUCAUCAGCAAGGUGAAUACAGCAGUCCAGUUAAUCUUGGUGGCAGCUUCUUUGGCAGCUCCAGUUUUCAACUAUGCUGACAGCAUUUAUCUUCAGAUACUAUGGUGUUUUACAGCUUUCACCACAGCUGCAUCAGCUUAUAGUUACUAUCAUUAUGGCCGGAAGACUGUUCAGGUGAUAAAAGACUGAUGAAAGUCAUCCCUCACUGUUAGUAAGGAAGCAGUAUACAUCAAUGGGAACAGGGCCCAUGGAAAUGUACAGGAGUUUCCCUAUUUUGGUGUUCAGCUUGAAAAAGGACUUGUCAGAACCAACCGUGUCAUCAAAAUUUAAGUAAUGUGCAUUGAAAAUAAGGUUGAUCAUGGGAAUAUGCAGAAUUUCCAAUGUAUUUUUAAAUACAAAUAAAAUUGUAAUUUAGAAUUUUUAAUCUUAGGUUUCUUGAUUAAUUUAUAAGAGAUCAAUUAUUGUCAGUCUUUUUUGUAUGUUUUUUAAAAACAUAGUCCAGAGCAUGGGCAGAGUUGACACCUCUCUUUUAAGUGAAAUUUGGAUUGCUCACAAAGCACUAGGAAAUGUCGUGGGGUUCAAAUAUAUAUCCUACACAACUGAGCAGUACAUUUUUGUUUGAUUUUUAGGUCUGUGUAUACAUUAACAGUUCAUGUAAUUAAUACCUGAUCAUUUGGGAUAAUGAAAGUGAAGUUAGUUGUAGAUGAAGUAAAGUUAUAAAAGAGAUUAAAAAUGCGGUAAGUUUUUAAGAUAAUAAUCAUACAGAAGGUAUGAAGUUCAUUUUCGGUAGUCUUCCAACCUCUCAGGUGCCUAAUAAUUUAUGUUUGAGGAUAACAGGUAACAAAGAUAGUCGAGAUAGGAGAACGUGUCUAUUAGUCUUUGCACCUAAAAGGCAGUGAGUUACGUUCCUGCCUUCCACUGUGUUUCUGACAUAGCAAUGUUUGUUUGAUAUUGGAACCUGGAUUCAUAUUUUAUGUAAAUAAUAUCAAGCUGUAUAUUUUUCAAAGGUUUUUUAAACUUUGGAGACUCUUUCUUUUGUUAAGCAGUUAAAGGAAUAAAAGAGCUGGAAAAAAAAUUGUACCUUCAA